AUGGACGCGCGACCGACGGCUCGGGAUCUCCCAGAGACCGACCAGGACGGCUCCACAGCAGGCCAGGCUCCGCUCCGGACUCGCGUGGAGCUCCCCAAGACCUCCGGCUCCAGCUCCAGUCCUAGCAUAAUGGCAACGCUGAGCCUGGAGCCCGCGGGCCGCAGCUGCUGGGACGAGCCGCUGAGCAUCGCCGUGCGCGGCCUGGCCCCCGAGCAGCCCGUCACGCUGCGAGCCGCCCUGCGCGACGAGAGAGGCGCGCUCUUCCGCUCCCACGCGCGCUACCGCGCCGACCCCCACGGCGAGCUGGACCUGGCGCGCGCGCCCGCGCUGGGCGGCAGCUUCGCGGGGCUCGAGCCCAUGGGGCUGCUCUGGGCUAUGGAGCCCGAUCGGCCGCUCUGGCGCCUGAUCAAGCGCGACGUGCAGACGCCCUUCGUGGUGGAGCUGGAGGUGCUGGACGGCCACGAGCCCGACGGCGGGCGGCUGCUGGCGCGGGCGGUGCACGAGCGCCACUUCAUGGCUCCCGGGGUGCGGCGCGUGCCCGUGCGCGAGGGCCGUGUGCGCGCCACGCUCUUCCUGCCUCCAGGAAAUGGAACUUUUCCUGGGAUCAUAGACCUUUUCGGAGUUGGAGGUGGCCUUCUGGAGUAUCGAGCAAGUCUGCUGGCUGGGAAGGGCUUUGCUGUCCUGGCUCUGGCUUAUUAUAACUACGAUGACCUCCCCAAGGGCAUGCACACAUUCCACCUGGAGUACUUUGAGGAAGCUGUGAACUACCUGCUCAGUCACCCUCAGGUCAAGGGACCAGGAAUUGGCCUGCUGGGGAUUUCCAAAGGGGCUGACCUCUGCCUCUCCAUGGCCUCUUUCCUGAAAGGCAUUACAGCGGCUGUCAUAAUCAAUGGCUCUAUGGCCAAUGCUGUUGGAACAUUGCACUACAAGGAUGAGACCCUGCCGCCUUUGAGCAUUAACAUGAAUCGAAUCAGAGUGACCAAUGAUGGCCUUAGAGAUAUUUUGGAAGUCCUGAAUUGCCCUUUAGAAGGCCCUGACCAGAAGAGCAUCAUCCCUGUGGAAAGGUCUGACGCCACCUUCCUGUUCCUUGUGGGUCAGGAUGACCGCACCUGGAAGAGUGAAUUCUUUGCUAAUGAGAUCUCCAAAUGCUUACAGGCCCAUGGGAAGGAGAAGCCUCAGAUCAUCUGCUACCCAGAAGCAGGGCACUAUAUUGAGCCCCCUUUCUUCCCUUGGUGCAAGGCUUCCUUACAUGCCAGUUUUAACAUGCCUGUCCUCUAUGGAGGACAGCCCAGGGCUCAUGCCAUGGCCCAGGUGGACGCAUGGCAGAAUCUCCAGACUUUCUUCCACAAACAUUUGGGUGCUGAAGCGAGGACAAUCCCAGCAAAACUGUGA